CAUUACCCAGGAGGAAUGGCAGAACAUGGACAAUACUCAGAGGACCCUGUACAGGGAUGUGAUGCUUGAGACCUAUAGCAAUCUGCUGUCCGUGGGGUAUCACAUAACAAAACCUGAUGUGAUCUUCAAGUUGGAACAAGAAUCAGUACCAUGGAUUGUGGAAAAAUCUGUACACCAGCAGCUUCCAGAUCCUUACAGAAAGAAUGAGCUCCUUGGAACUAAUCAGGAAAAUCAAGAAACCACUUUCAGGAAGCCUGAUGAAAUGUCACUUGGGAAAAAGCAUGCCUCUAAUGUUCCUGAGAAUAAAUUCCAAUGUGGGGAAAAUCUCAGUCAGCAUUACAAGAUGUACACUUGUAAGCAAUCUUUUGAAUACAAUAAGAAAGAAAAAAAUUUCAGCAGGAAGAUGUUCCUUAAGUGUGAGAAAAUUUGUAUCAAAGACUCAUGUAAUUGCCAUAUGAUUGUAGGAGAAAUAAUUCAGGUUGAUAAGAAAAUGCUCCAUAGCAAGCAUCAACUAACACACUCAGGAAAGAAACUCUGUGAACCUUUCAAGAGUGAGAAAUGUCCUAUUUAUAAAAGAGAUCUCAAAAUAAAUCAGAUAAUCCAAACAGCAAAAAGUAACUAUAUAUGUCGCUACUGCAAACAGUCUUUUACCUGUAAUUCUAGCUUUACCACCAAACAGAGAAGUGACAUAGAAGAAAAUUUCUGUGUGUGCAAUAAAUGUAAAAAAAACAUUUACCAGAAGGCGGAAUUUACUAAAGAUAAGAUGCUUCCCACUGAGGAGAAACCAUAUGAAUGUAAGGAACUUGUAAAAUCCUUUAGUGCUCAAUCAGGUCUCCAUACACAUCAGAGAAUUCAUGCAGGGGGAAAACCUUGUAAGUGUACAGAGUGUGGAAAAGUUUUUUGCAAGCCAUCACUUCUCAUUAAACAUCAGGGAAUUCACACAGGAGAGAAACCUUACAAAUGUAAUGAAUGCGGGAAAGCUUUUUGUUACAAGUCAUCCCUAAUCCUACAUCAGAGAAUCCACACAGGAGAAAAACUUCAUAAGUGUAGUGAGUGUGGAAAAGCUUUUUGUAAGCCAUCACUUCUCAUUAAACAUCAGAGAAUCCACACAGGAGAGAAACCUUACAAAUGUAAUGAAUGCGGGAAUGCUUUUUGUCACAAGUCAUCCCUAAUCCUGCAUCAGAGAAUCCACACAGGGGAAAAAUCUUAUAAAUGUAGCGAGUGUGGAAACACUUUUUUUCGGAAGUCAUCCCUAAUUAUGCAUCAGAGAAUCCACACAGGAGAAAAACCGUAUAAAUGUAGUGAGUGUGGAAAAGCUUUUUGUCGGAAGCCACAACUAAUCAUUCAUCAGAGAAUCCACACAGGAGAAAAACCUUAUGAAUGUAGUAAGUGUGGAAAAUCCUUUCGCAGGAAUUAUGAACUUGUUGUGCAUCAGAGAAUUCACACAGGGGAAAAACCUUAUAAAUGUAUUGAGUGUGGAAAACGUUUUUGUCAGAAGUCAAAGCUAAUUGCACAUCAGAGAAUCCACACAGGGGAAAAAGCUUAUGAAUGUAUUGAGUGUGGAAAAGCAUUUUACCUACAGUCAAGUCUCAUUAAACAUCAGAGAAUCCACACAGGAGAGAAACCUUACAAAUGUAAUGAAUGCGGGAAUGCUUUUUGUCACAAGUCAUCCCUAAUCCUGCAUCAGAGAAUCCACACAGGAAAACUUUAUAAGUGUAGUGAGUGUGGAAAAUCCUUUUGCCAGAGUUCUGGUCUUGUUGUGCAUCAGAGAAUUCACACAGGGGAAAAAGCUUAUGAAUGUAAUGAGUGUGGAAAAGGUUUUUACAAGAAUUCAGACUUGAUUAAACAUCAGAGAGUUCAUACAGGGGAAAGGCCUUAUAAAUGUAGUGAGUGUGGAAAAGCUUAUUGUCACAAGUCAUGCCUAAACACACAUCACAGAAUUCACACAGGGGAAAAAU